CAGCUUCGGUUCAGUUUAGUUUUCAGUUAAGACGAGAUGAGGCAACGCUGCUUCUUAACGCUAUUUGUGGCCAGCAUUGUGUGGCUGGCACUGGCCAACAGUGCCGCAGGCGAGACAAGGAUCGAGGUGGACGAGAAUGGAGAUGAAUACGAACUAAAACGUUUCUACAUCCAGGGACGCCAACUGAGCGGUACCGGCAGCAAAUCCCAAUGCGUGGUGACGCGUCGGAAGCGCGCCAGUCGAUCCAUGGCAUUGCCUGCCGCUGGCGUGAGUGUCAGCUCGCAGUCGUUGAGCUUGAGUGCUGCUCUGCCAAAUGGAGCUUCCGAGCAUCGGGAGGUCGUAACGGACAACAGUGGAAAGCGUCGCUAUGUGGCACUGACUGCGUUGCAACUUGAGAAUGCCGAGGACGAUGAUGAGGAAGAGGAUGACGAUGAUGAUGACGAACAGGAUGAUGAGGAGGAGACCCAGCAUGAUGAUGAAGAGGAGGAGGACGAAGACGAUGUCCAGCAACUACCACAGAUUGUGCCUGUCAAGGUGGUUGAACAGUCGCCCCCACAAACGAAUCUGUUGGCUGCCACCUUUGCUCUGCCCGCCACCUCGCAACCGAAUGCCGCCCACUUGCCACAAGGCGUCAGCGUUGUGGCCAAUGCAGCGACGCAUGCCAAUGUUGGCGGCGAUGCGGGCAUUGUGGUCAUCGAAUCCGAGCAGCCACCCAAGGUGAAUCCUAGCACACAUGCGGUGUUCGAGCUGAAGCCCCUGAAGCAACAGUUGGCCCCGCCACAGCCCCUCGAGCUCCAGUAUUGGCCACAGGAUAUGCGUGAAUUUGUCAAUGAUGCCGAUGCUGAUGAUGAGGAUGAUGAUGAGGACGAUGAGCUGUUCUACUAUGGACCGGGUUACUAUGAUGAGUAUGAUCAUUUCGUCACCGAGGACAGUCCGGUGAGCACCUCGGCCAUUUGGAGCACCGAUAAUAGUGAUAUUCACCCGGUGAUCAAUGAGGUUAAUCAGCAUGUGAAUGAGGACAAGAAGAAACAGAAGCAGAAGCGCAGAAAACCCAGCCAGGAGCCCACGGGAGUGAAGCGCAAGUCGCAGCUGCAGCAGCAGAAGAAGAAGCGUCCCAUUCAGCAGCUCGAUGAAGAGCAACCCGUCAAGGAGACAUCUCAGAAGCGUAAGAAGCAACAGCAGCAGCAGCAGCAGCAGCAGCAGAGCAACAGCGUCAGCAGCGGCGUUCGACGCAAGCCAAGCAAGAAGCCAUCUAGCUCUUCUGUCGGCUCUUCCUCCGGCUCAGCUUCCGCUGUGAGUGCCGCCUCUAGCUCCAGCUCCGACUCCGAAAGCUCCUCAGCCGUGUCCAACUCGAACAAGCGCAAGCGUCCCUCGAGCGGCGGCAACAACAAGCGCAAGACGAGCACAAGUCAGCGUCAGAAGCCGAAGAAGAAGAAGUCAAAGAAGCCCAGACCCAGCAACGGUGUCUCCAACUCUAAUCCGAACAAGCGUAGACGUCCCAGUGGCUCCUCCUCCUCAUUCUCCUCAUCCUCAGCCGCCAUCGGUGGCUACAAGCGUCGUCGUCCCCAAUCGGGAGCCGCACUGGGAGCGGGCGCAAAUCUGACCCCGGCGCAGCGUCGUCGUCGCAAGCAGCAGCAGCAGGAGAAGCGUCGUCGCCAGGAGCUGCAGCGUCGUCGUCGUCGUCGCAACAAGAAUCGUCAGAAUGGCGGUGGAAAUCGUCGUCGCUAUUACGGCGAUGAGCCCAUCAUCAAUUGCAUCUACAUCAACAAGGAUCCACCGGCGACCACAACCACAGCGCGUCCCUUCUGGAACAUCCUCGGACGUGAUGCAGCCAAUCCUGCCAAGGCAGCACCAGCUGGAUCAGCAGCUGGAGUAGGAGGAGAUGUUGCCGGUCCAGUUGCUGGCGACUUUGGACUUCGCAAGCGCACAAAUCUGCGCUUUGUUGCCUAAGCGGGGAAACGAGAGAAAGUGACGGGGAGAGAAAGUGUGUGUCCCCAUCCACAUAAUUUAUUUAUUUAUUUUUUUUUUUUUCGGAAUUUUUUUUUUCAUAUUUAUUAAUUAAUUUAUUUGC